AUGGAGAUAACAAAUGCUUUAAAAAAGUUGUUUCGACAAAAUUUUGCAUAUAUAGAACGUAACUCGAUUUUUGACACACAACAAAAGAAAGAUGAGGAACUAAAUAGAAAGAAAAGAAAAUUAUUGAAUAAUAAAUUAUUAACAUUAUGUGAAGAAAUAAAUGAAAUGGAAAAUUUACAAAAACCCAAAUAUGGUGAUAUUGAAAAUAUUAAUGAUAUAGAAAAAAAUAAACAAAAUGAAGGGGAUGAUAAAAAUUCAAAAGAUGCAAAUUUGGCGCCAUUUACAAACACAUUUGAUGCCCCUAAUGCUUUAUUAUUUGAAAACUUAAAUAAAGAAUAUAAAUAUAUAACUACUCAAGAUAAUUUUGAUGGAUUUAGAUUUGAAGUUGAUAAAAAUGUUAACAAAUAUCUCCAAUCAACCCAUACUUUAUUUUUAGGUACAUCCUUAAGAGACGUUGGAUAUUUAUAUCAAUUUGGAGCAAAUUUUGCAAAUAGUGAUAAUACUUUGUUAAUGAUUAGUAGAAUUAACUUGGAUGGCAGUGUUAAUGGAAGGUUUUGUAAAAAAAUAAAUCAUUUUGUUGAUUGUAAAUUUAAUUUUAAUACAUAUAAUAAAAGCGAUCCGAGAAAUAUGUAUGAAAUGUCUUUAGAAGUAAAUAAUCCACAAAACACUUACAAUUUUAAAACAAUUUGGCAAGGGGCGUGGAUAUUUAAUGCUUCAUAUACACAAUUAUUAACAAAAAAAUUACAAGCAGGUGUAGAUUUGACAUAUAUAGGAUCUAAUUGUGCAUCUAUUGGAUCUUUUGGUUUACGAUAUAAUCAUAAAAAUCAUGUAUUAACUAUGCAAUGUGUUAGGCAGCCAAAUUUUAAAUCACCAGAAUUUAUGUUAAACCAGGCCCACUCUUAUAAAAUGCAAUAUGCCCGAAAAAUAUCAGAUCGUUUAUCAGUGGGAACAGAACUUGAAGUUACUCCAGAAACAAAAGAAUCAGCAAUGAGAUUAGGUUGGGAUUACUCAUUUAGACAUGCAAAAGUACAAGGGUCAAUUGACAGUAGUGGAAAAAUUGCUGUUUUUACACAAGAUUAUUCUGGAUUUGGAGUUAGUGGAUACAUUGAUUAUUUAAAUAAUGAAUAUAAAUUUGGAUUUAUGAUGCACAUUGCUCCAUCACAAGAACAGCCACAACCACAAUAA